CAUGAUUUGUUGUAGCAGUAUCUCCCUGCUGCUUCCAUUGAGAAUUCAGCUGUUUACAUGGCUUUAUUUCCUGCCUUUAUAUUCAAUCUUUUUCGGUAUCCAUGUUGCUUUCGUGUCGGGCGAAUGUCUCAUAUGCCGGGAGGAUCAGAUGUCUAUGUUGCUGCAACUGAAGAACACCCUCAAAUUCAAUGUUGCUGCAUCAAGUAAUCUAGUUUCCUGGAAUCCGAGCACAGAUUGCUGUUCUUGGAGAGGUGUAACCUGGGAUGCCACUGGUCAUGUUGUCGCUCUUGAUCUCAGUAGCCAAUCAAUUUCUGGUGGAUUCAGUAGCGCCAGUAGCAUUUUCAGUCUACAACAUCUCCAGAGCUUGAAUUUGGCUAACAACACCUUCUCCUUCUCUCAGAUUCCAUCAGGAUUCCACAAGCUUGGUAACUUGACUUACCUGAAUUUGUCGAAUUCCGGCUUUUCUGGGCAGAUUCCAAUCGAGAUUUCCCUGUUGACAAGGUUGGUAACAAUUGAUUUCUCUACCCUUUAUUACAUCCCUGGAGCUCCUACGUUGAAACUUGAGAACCCAAAUCUGACAACGCUGGUUCAGAACCUCAAUGAGCUCAGAGAACUCCAUCUUAAUGGUGUAAACAUAUCGGCCGAGGGGAAGGAUUGGUGCCAGGCAUUAUCAUCUUCAGUGUCUAAACUGCAAGUGCUGAGCUUGUCCAACAGUUUUCUUUCUGGUCCUAUUGAUUCUUCUCUGAAGAAGCUUCAAUCCCUCUCGAGGAUUCAUCUGGAUAACAACAAUUUUUCUGCUCCAGUUCCACAUCUCUUUGCAAAUUUCUCAAAUUUGAUUCACUUGCAGCUCAGUUCUUGUGGAUUACAUGGAACAUUUCCAGAAAAGAUCUUUCAGUUACGGACCCUCAAAAUUCUUGAUUUGUCAAAUAACAAGUUACUUGAGGGUUCUUUGCCAGAAUUCCCUCUGAAUGGAUCUCUAGAAACCUUGGUGCUCAGUGAUACAGAAUUUUCAGGGGAAGUACCCAACUCCAUAGGCAAUCUCAAGAGGUUGACUGGAAUAGCGCUUGCGCGGUGCAAUUUCAGUGGUUCAAUCCCAAAGGCGCUGACAAACCUUACUCAACUGGUUAACUUGGACUUCUCUCAUAAUAACUUCUCUGGUCCAAUCCCAUCCUUCAGUUUCUCCAGGUAUCUCACCCAAAUAAACGUUUCUCAUAAUUAUUUAGCAGGUCAGAUUCCUUCCUCUCACUGGGAUGGUCUUGUGAGUCUAGUGACUCUUGACUUAUCUGGUAAUGGUUUCACAGGGCAAAUCCCAUCAUCACUAGGACAGCUCCGACAGCUUGAGUCAUUAGACCUCUCAUUGAACAAGCUGAGCGGGGAGAUCCCUACACAGCUCACUACCCUUAGUUCCCUUUCAUUCCUGAACCUCUCAUUCAAUCAAUUAGUGGGAAGCAUCCCAAAAGGUGGUCAAUUUCUAAGGUUUUCAGAAAAUUCUUUCGUGGGUAACAGAGGAUUAUGCGGUUCCCCCCUAAAUGCAAGUUGCGAAGAUGCUACACCACCGGAGAUUCAGUGGAAAUAUAUAGCUCCUGAACUUGGAUUUCUGACAGGGUUGGGAAUUGUGUAUUGGCCUCUAUUGUUGUGCAAGAGAUGGAGGAAAUGUUACAACAAACAUGUUGAUGGAAUUCUUUCAAGGAUUCUCCAUAACCAAGACCCAGGAAGACAAAGUUGUGGAAGAAGAGCUCACAGAAUUCGGCGGCGGAGAAUGUAGCAGUGGUGCAGAGGGAUGUAGUUACUCAUCAAGAGUCUUAUCUGUUAUUCAUUUUGAUCUCCAUUAUCACCAAUAAUAAAAACUAAACAUAUAUAUAUAUAUAUAUAUAUAUAGAUAUCAAUCCUGAAAACAUGUCAUGAUCUCCAGAUAGGGAAUGAACGAACCUGAGUCUAUUUUGCUUUUCGUUUUGAACAA